AUGCCCACAAGCCUGAUGGGAGGUAGGUAUCCCGCGGAGAGUAGAAUAUCCUGGCGAAUUUGGGCAGCGAUGCCUAUACUCCAUCCAAACGCCGUGCUUGCAACUGGGGAAAGACACGUGUUUCCCGUCGCGCUGGGAUUUCAUGUUGAAGUGAAGAAGGAGAUUUUUGGAGAGGAAGGUUUGAUGUCGUUCGAUGUCGUGAGAAAGGUUCGGUGUCGUGAGAAAGGUUCGAUGUCGUUCGGUGUCGUGAGAAAGGUUCGAUGUCGUGAGAAAGGUUCGAUGUCGUUCGAUCUCAUGAGAAAGGUUCGAUGUCACGAGAAAGGCUCGAUGUCACGAAGAAGGUUCGGUGAGGAUGGGACUGUUUGUGAAGAAAAGCGCUCGUGCCAAUUCAUGACCGCUGACUUCGUUUCGUCACGACUGGGAACUCAUCACAGGAGUAGCCCGUUAUCAGCUCUCAGCAACGUGGUCAAGCGAGAGUCGGGACCCGAUCCGCUCAAAGACGACCAGGCCUGGGAAUGCUUCGAGCCUCACCGCUACUGUCACAUUAUUAUUAUGCAGGACACCUUGAUCCCAUAUGCGCAGAGGACAUCGGCUAUCACGCAAGAUGGCAAAGGUUGCCGCACUAGGAAGCUGCAAAUGUCGUCGAGAACCGCCCUUCCAUCUGCCUUGAGCUACCGGGGCAUCCAAUUCAGAGACUGUUCAUUAGCCUUUCACGUAAAACCAUCAGGCCCUGAAAUUUCUGCCCAAGUGACUUGUGCUGAGGAUGUCACUCCGGAAUGCUACCCAAGCAGACUAGGGAGAGCGUCCCAGGCACGGACUAUUAAGCUUUAUAAUAGGCCAAUAGAUGUCUUCAUCCAUUUCUGUUCAAAGCGCGUUCACAUAGCGUUGUCGGUAAUCGUAUUCAAGCUAUGUAUAGAGCGUGAGGCUUGGUAA